UAUUGGAGAGAAUGCAGCUAGAAUGGGGACCCGUGGAAUGCACGACUGACAUACAACUGUGUCCUGGGGUCCCGGUGUCCGCUAUUCUGCGUGUGCUCUCUGGAGAUGAGACUAUGGGGGGCAUUUCUCAUUCAGACCCUCACACAAUCCUAACAGUUUUUGGUGGUGUUUGUUUUUAAACACGGAUUCUUACUCUAUAGUCCCAGGUUGUCUUGGAACGGACUAGCCCAGGCCAGUUCCUGACUCCCAGCAGUCCUCCUGCCUUGCCUUCCCUGGGCCUGGAUUGAAUGCAUGAACCACGCACUCUUACCUUCUUGUUAAAGGCUGGAAACACUUGAUUCUUGUGCUCUCCUCUAUUGACAUGGGAUCACUUAUUUCUCAAAUUCUAACAUAGUCUUAAAGAAUAAUAGUUCAUGGAAGGAAAGGUUUGCAGAGCCUGUGCCACAGGCUGUAUAUUAGGCUCUGGAGAGAGAUUCCAGAGUCUUCAUCCUGGCAGUGCUUUCCUCUAAGGUAUAUUGGCCUAAGUGUGGCCUCCUCCAGUUUCUUGGAAGGUCACUGGUAAGGAGGCUAGAAUCUUCAUCUUGCAGGUUUGUGAAAGGCAAGAGGAAAACAAAACCAAAGCUGCGUUCAUGUUCUCUCCCUAGCACUGUUGAGAUGCCUGGCGCAUGCCCAGUUCUCACUACAGUCAUUGCAACCACACACAAAGGCGAUCGCUUCUCUGGAUUUAUACCUAAUGGAAUAAACAUUGAGAUGAGCUUUUUAAUGUACCUGUAAGCUUUAUUAAAUUUCCUUUCUAUAGUUUUAGAAUUAAGAGUACUAAGUUCUAGAAAUGAUCUUUAAAAAAACAAAACAAACCCAAAAAACCAGCUGUCUGUAAAGUGAGUCCUUGCGGGCUUCAGUGACUACGCCUCGGAGGGGCAUAUCCCUGUCCUCUGCAGAAGGGGCCUCCUGGGGCAGUCGCCUGCCUGCCUGCCUGACUGGGAGCUGCCUUUGCCCGAGCCUUGGUCCUUCUCCUCAGUGAGCUGGGAAGUGUGGGCUGGUGUCUGCUGGAGAAACAGUGGCAUCCAGGAUUCACGGGGGAAAGUGAGCCCAUCAACCCCAUGAUGGUAGGGGGUGACUGGCCUAAUUACUUCCCUGCUACUGUGCAGAGACACCAUGACUGAGGCCACUAUAAAAGAAAGCAAUGAAUUGAGGGCUUGCUUACGUUUUCAGAAGACGGGUUCCAUGACCAUCAUGACGGGAAGCACAACGACAAGCAGGGAGAUGUAGAACUGGAGCGGUGGCUGAGAGCUUAACCAGAGGUGCUAAGGGAUGAAGGAGAGACCAGGCCUGGCGUGGCCUAUGAAACCUCAGAUCCCACUCCCAGGGACACCUCCUCCCACAAGGCCACAUCUCCUAAUCCUUCCUAAACAGUCCUACCAACUGGGAACAAACACUUAGGUCUACAGGGACAAUUCCCAUUCAGACCACUACAGGGAGACUUCCCCUUUUUCCUGUCUUGCUAUUACAUGAGACCUCAGAACUUAAAGUAAGAGAGUAAGACCAGCGGUACAUGUAUAGAAAUCAAUAGCCUUUCCCAGACCUCUGAGGGGUAUCCUAGACAGCUGUGUAACUUGGUAAACGUGCCCCGUCUUAUCUGUAGUGAUGGACUAUUGAAGGCCAGCCCGGGUCUUUCUUCUUGGGAGAUGCUUGUUUAGAACUGCUUGUCUUGCUUAAAACCAAGAUGGUAUCAUCUGUGAUUGUGUGACCACCACAUUUCUCCUUGAAAACACCGACUUUGAAGGCACCAGCUCGUUUGUCUUCACUCUGCAGAGUGGGUUUGGAAGGCAGGUUCUCUGUGGCCAGUUGCUUGGGUCUUUGUGAUGCCUGGCAGCUUAGCGAUGUGCUCAGUUACUGUGAGCAGAUUCGCCUUGAUGGCCAUUGUAAGGCAAUGCCUGGCCUGGGAGCUCUUGCUUGGGGACAGUGAGAUAUCGCCAUUUAAUCCAGUAAUUAAAACACGAAUGCUAGAGUGGCUUGAAUAAAGAGAGGCCAUCCCUGAAAGAUGGUUGUGGGUACUAUGCUGUCAGGUGCUCAGUGUUGUCCCUAGCGACAUGCCACCCAGACUUUCAAGGACAAAAGCAGGAUAGUGACUACAAAGUAACUGGGUGCUCUGAUUCAGGGUAGAGCCACCAACCCCAAGGGACUGCACCUCUCCACUUCCGUCCGGUACAGCAGAGAUCCUAAGAGCACAUACUGGGUUAUUCUGUCCCCACUGACGUGUGCGUUGUGUUAGAAAUGAUUUGUUGGGGUUUUUCAGGUUUGAGAUCUGAGGUCUGUGUGUUCCCCCUCAUUCUGAUCCUCACCCUCAAGCUCCUUUUUCCUGUAUUGACCUUGGCUGGGGUAGAGUUGGAUGUGGAUGUUGGUAGAGCAAAGGGAAAUAUACAGAGAACAACAGAGGUGCAAAGGUAUUGUCGUCAGGAAAAUCCAAAGGGCCACCCUGUGUCAUUUGCAGCUGCGGGAAAUGUGUCUUUAGCCUGAGUGCUGGGGGUGUUUACAGAGUGACAGAGUGUCUCCCCACACUGUCCUUGGCUGCCUUUGGUGGACUGGAGGUUCUUUGGACGACAGAAUACAUGAUAGACAGGAACAGGAAUUGAGAAUUCAUCUGCGUGGUGAAGCAGCCCACUGUUUGAUUCAGAAACCCCGACCCAGCCAACUGCCUCUCAGCAGCUGCAGGAAGCCACUGUGUCUUCACUGCACUUGUUCAGAGUGGAGAUUGCUCUCCUGUCUGGGGUGGACACUGGCUGAAGGCAGAGCAUAAACUCUUGAAAGCACUGGGGGGCCCCUAGCCCUCCGGGUGCAGACACACAUGUGGAUCUGUGAAUUUGAGGAGUGCCAGGGUUACAUAGUGAGACUCUGUCUCAAAAAAAAAAAAAAGGAAGAGUGCAAAGAGGGACCUCUGAGAAAUGAAAAACUAUACAGUACCCUCCAUGAAAUUUCUUAGGUAUUUUUAUUAUUUUUCAUACUAUAUUGUUAAAAACACAGCAUGUGUUAGUAUUUUAGAAGUUAUCUUUGGAAAAAGAAAAAAAAACCGAAAAGAUAAAACCUCACUAAACCAAAAAUUUUUGUGUGACAGACUUUUCUUGGAGACAGAACACACACAGUUCUACUGACCCUAGAUAAGGAACUAAAGACAGUCCAAAGUACAAAUACCAUCAAAGUAUGACUUAGUGUAUCAUCAAGUUUUAUUGGAGUUACUUACAGGAAUAUAGGUGAGGGCUUACUUACAGGAAAAACAGUGACUCAGACAGCUGCACCACCAAAGCCAACCACAGCAUAGGUGACAAUAGCCCACCAAAGCUAGAGCACAUAGCAGUGUGCAGGCAGCUCAGGUUGGAGAAUGUCCUUUCCAGGUGGCUCUGUUGGUCAGAGCCUCUUCAGGGUAACUUGGAUGGUCUUUCUUUUAUGGAGUUUGCUGCUGAUCCCCUGUAGGUUGCUUGGUUUUGCCUUCUUCCGUGCAGCUUGCCUUGUUAUGGAGUCUUCUUUCCAGCUUGGCUUGUUCACCAAUUGACUUUACUAUUUAUAUACUCUUGGGGAAGAAGGUAUCUAGUGAAUCUGGUCCGUUUCGGGAACUUCCUGAAGCUGCUUUGUUUACUUCCUGUUAUAAAGAGCUUCUCUCAAGACUUUCACCUCCCCUUAGACCCGUUGUUUAACCUUGUGAACAUUCUGUUUUAAGCCCACACCUCCUUCAAAUGGCUGCACAACUAAUGUAUAGCUUAAUUGGAUCACGUUUUGGCUUUAAGUUUCAGUGACAUUCUAUGAACUAAACCUGUAGUCAGAGUCUACAGAUUUCUCUUAGCUUUGUAAGUUCAUUCCUGUGAGUCUUUCCAAGGCCUCAGUAGUCCUAGGUUCAAGCAUCCUGUUGUUGUGCUCCUUUUGGAAUUCAAAGAAUGGAUGUAGAACAUCAUGCCAGUGUCAAGUGUUGACUGAGGAUGUGGAGAAAGGACUGACUGUGAGAAAGUAACUAACGGUGAAAACAUAGAAUAGUGGUCCCUUUGGAAAAUAGUUCACACACAAGCAGCAGUUCCUCUGCUCGAUCUGCUUUGAUGGGAGAACAGACAUGCUCCAGCAAAGAUCCCCAUAGCCAGAACAGGAAUCAUCAAAAUGGCUGUCAGAUGAAAGGAAGAAGCAAAAUGUGGCUUAUUGGACUGAUAGCAUUAAAGAAUAUUCAGCAAUAAGGAAGACACUGUAGAUGCACACCAGUCUUCCUUGCAAACCAUAGCAUCAUGCCUGGGGUCAGAAGCCUGACCAGAAUACUGUGUAUUGUAUAGUCUUAUGUAUGUGGCAGACAAAACUGGGGAGACGAGCAGUUUUUUUGGUACCUUUGGGCUAGGAAUUGAAGAGGGGUUUGAUAUUAUAAAGUCACAACAGGAGACAUUGGGAGUGGUGCAUGUUCAAACAGCUUUGAUCUGAGGACACCUCCUCUCUGGUCUUCUUAGAUGAGGACACCUCCAUACAGGCCUUCUUAUAUAGUGAGCCUAAUUGAGUAGACUUGGAACAAGGAGUGGGGUUUCAUCUAGUCACAGCAAUCGUCAGCCGUUCAGUGCUGGUCAGACUCAAUUCAAAUCAGACACUCUCUCAUCUGUACUCUCUCAUCUACAAAUACUGCCUCUUCAUAGUUAGGGAGUAGAGCUGUCUGAAUCUUUGAUGAUUUGUGAAUCAUUCCUGCUUAAACGAUCUCUGAACACGGGCAUUCAAGAUCUGGAUGGCAGUGUUGGUUGUACAACUCUAAGUUUACUGAAGCCUAACAGCCCACCUAAUGUGGGUGAGCAUACUUACAUUAACAAUCAACCGUGUUGAAAGGAUGGCAGUUUACAAAUGCCUCUGCUGCUUGCUCUCUCAUCUGGUUCUAUGACGUGCAUUACCCGCUUUCAGGAGAGGAAAUGAAACCACGUGGUUGUGUCCUCACGUUCUGACCACUGCACACUGUCUGCUGAAAGCAAAGCUUUAUGGCUUAUGAAUGUUGGGAGGUUGAGACUUGCCUGAGCCUACGGAAGCGAUUGUUGAAUGAAACAGCCAGCCUGGGACAUCCAGCUUUCCCCUGUGAAGACCCUUUCCAUUUGUGCCAGCAUUUCAAUCACCUGUGGUUUCGGAAAAAUGAUGAAAUGAAAGCUAUGGAUGUUUUGCCAAUUCUGAAGGAAAAAGUCGCCUAUCUUUCAGGUGGUAGAGAUAAGCGUGGAGGUCCCAUUUUAACAUUUCCAGCCCGCAGCAAUCAUGACAGAAUACGGCAGGAGGACCUCAGGAGGCUCAUUUCCUAUUUAGCCUGCAUUCCCAGUGAGGAAGUCUGCAAGCGAGGGUUCACAGUGAUUGUGGACAUGCGCGGCUCCAAGUGGGACUCCAUCAAGCCGCUGCUGAAGAUCCUGCAGGAGUCCUUCCCAUGCUGCAUCCACAUAGCUCUGAUAAUCAAGCCCGACAACUUCUGGCAGAAACAGAGGACGAAUUUUGGCAGCUCCAAAUUUGAAUUUGAGACAAAUAUGGUCUCCUUAGAAGGCCUUACCAAAGUAGUUGAUCCUUCCCAGCUAACUCCCGAGUUUGACGGCUGCCUGGAAUACAACCAUGAGGAGUGGAUAGAAAUCCGAGUAGCUUUCGAGGAGUACAUUAGCAAUGCAGCCCAUAUGCUGUCACGGCUAGAGGAACUUCAGGAUGUUCUCGCCAAAAAGGAGUUGCCUCAGGACCUAGAGGGGGCUCGGAACAUGAUCGACGAGCACUCCCAGUUGAAGAAGAAGGUGAUCAAGGCCCCCAUAGAGGACUUGGACUUAGAAGGGCAGAAGCUGCUUCAGCGGAUACAGAGCAGUGACAGUUUCCCCAAAAAGAACUCAGGCUCGGGCAACGCAGACCUGCAGAACCUCCUGCCCAAGGUGUCCACCAUGCUAGACAGGCUGCACUCCACCCGGCAGCACCUGCACCAGAUGUGGCACGUGAGGAAACUGAAGCUGGACCAGUGCUUCCAGCUGCGGCUGUUCGAGCAGGAUGCUGAGAAGAUGUUUGACUGGAUCACUCACAACAAAGGCCUGUUUCUGAACAGCUACACGGAGAUUGGGAGCAGCCACCCGCACGCCAUGGAACUUCAGACGCAGCACAAUCAUUUCGCCAUGAACUGUAUGAACGUAUAUGUAAAUAUAAACCGCAUAAUGUCAGUGGCCAAUCGCCUGGUGGAGUCGGGCCACUACGCCUCUCAGCAGAUUAAGCAGAUUGCAAAUCAGCUGGAACAAGAGUGGAAGGCGUUCGCAGCAGCCUUGGAUGAGCGCAGCACCUUAUUGGACAUGUCCUCCAUCUUUCACCAGAAGGCUGAGAAGUACAUGAGCAACGUGGACUCGUGGUGUAAGGCCUGUGGUGAAGUAGACCUUCCCUCGGAGCUGCAGGACCUGGAAGAUGCCAUUCAUCAUCACCAGGGCAUCUACGAGCAUAUCACCCUCGCCUACUCGGAGGUGAGCCAGGAUGGGAAGUCCCUCCUUGAUAAGCUCCAGCGCCCCCUGACCCCCGGCAGCUCUGACUCCCUCACGGCCUCUGCCAACUACUCCAAGGCCGUGCACCACGUCUUGGAUGUCAUCCACGAGGUCCUACACCACCAGCGCCAGCUCGAGAACAUCUGGCAGCACCGCAAGGUUCGGCUCCACCAGAGGCUGCAGCUCUGUGUCUUCCAGCAGGACGUUCAGCAGGUGCUGGACUGGAUAGAGAACCACGGAGAAGCGUUUCUGAGCAAACAUACAGGUGUGGGCAAAUCCCUUCACCGGGCCAGAGCUUUGCAGAAACGCCAUGAGGACUUCGAGGAAGUCGCACAGAACACGUACACAAACGCAGAUAAACUGCUAGAAGCAGCAGAGCAGCUGGCUCAGACGGGGGAAUGUGACCCUGAAGAGAUUUAUCAGGCUGCCCAUCAGCUUGAAGACCGGAUACAAGAUUUUGUUCGGCGAGUUGAACAACGGAAGAUCCUGCUGGACAUGUCUGUGUCGUUUCACACGCACGUAAAAGAGCUCUGGACAUGGCUGGAGGAGUUGCAGAAGGAGCUGCUGGACGACGUGUACGCCGAGUCAGUGGAGGCCGUGCAGGACCUCAUCAAGCGAUUCGGCCAGCAGCAGCAGACCACCCUGCAGGUGACUGUGAACGUGAUCAAGGAAGGAGAAGAUCUCAUUCAGCAGCUGAGGGACUCUGCCAUCUCCAGUAACAAAACCCCACACAACAGCUCCAUCAACCACAUCGAGACGGUGCUGCAGCAGCUGGACGAGGCUCAGUCCCAGAUGGAGGAGCUCUUCCAGGAGCGCAAAAUCAAGCUGGAGCUCUUUCUACAGCUGCGCAUCUUCGAGCGGGAUGCCAUCGAUAUCAUCUCCGACCUUGAGUCGUGGAAUGAUGAGCUUUCCCAGCAAAUGAAUGACUUCGACACGGAGGACCUGACCAUUGCAGAGCAGCGCCUACAGCACCAUGCAGACAAAGCCCUGACCAUGAAUAACUUGACUUUCGAUGUCAUCCACCAAGGACAGGAUCUUCUGCAGUACGUCAAUGAGGUCCAGGCCUCUGGUGUGGAGCUGCUUUGUGACAGAGAUGUGGACAUGGCCACUCGGGUUCAGGAUCUCCUGGAGUUUCUUCAUGAGAAGCAGCAGGAGUUGGAUUUGGCAGCUGAGCAGCAUCGGAAACACUUGGAGCAGUGUGUGCAGUUGCGCCACCUGCAGGCGGAAGUGAAGCAGGUGCUGGGCUGGAUCCGAAAUGGAGAGUCCAUGCUAAACGCUGGGCUCAUCACGGCCAGCUCGCUGCAGGAAGCGGAGCAGCUGCAGCGAGAACACGAGCAGUUCCAGCACGCGAUUGAGAAAACGCACCAGAGCGCGCUGCAGGUACAGCAGAAGGCCGAGGCCAUGCUGCAGGCCAACCACUAUGACAUGGACAUGAUCCGGGACUGUGCAGAGAAGGUCGCCUCGCACUGGCAGCAGCUCAUGCUGAAGAUGGAAGACCGCCUCAAGCUUGUCAAUGCCUCUGUCGCCUUCUACAAGACUUCUGAGCAGGUCUGCAGUGUCCUGGAAAGUCUGGAGCAGGAGUACAAGAGAGAAGAGGACUGGUGUGGCGGGGCCGACAAGCUGGGCCCCAAUUCUGAGACUGACCACGUCACCCCCAUGAUUAGCAAGCACCUCGAACAAAAGGAAGCCUUCCUGAAGGCUUGCACACUGGCCAGGAGGAACGCAGACGUCUUCCUAAAGUACCUGCACAGGAACAGCGUGAGCAUGCCGGGGAUGGUGACGCACAUCAAAGCUCCGGAACAGCAAGUAAAAAAUAUCUUGAAUGAGCUCUUCCAGCGGGAAAACAGGGUAUUGCAUUAUUGGACCAUGAGGAAAAGGCGGCUGGACCAGUGUCAGCAGUACGUGGUCUUCGAGAGGAGCGCCAAGCAGGCAUUAGAGUGGAUCCACGACAAUGGGGAGUUCUACCUUUCCACACAUACCUCAACAGGGUCCAGCAUUCAGCACACACAGGAGCUGUUGAAAGAACACGAGGAGUUUCAGAUAACUGCCAAGCAAACCAAAGAGAGGGUGAAGCUAUUGAUACAGCUGGCCGAUGGCUUUUGUGAAAAAGGGCAUGCCCAUGCAGCAGAAAUUAAAAAAUGUGUGACCGCAGUGGAUAAGAGGUACAGAGAUUUCUCUCUGCGCAUGGAGAAGUACCGGACCUCUUUGGAGAAAGCCCUGGGGAUUUCUUCAGAUUCCAACAAAUCGAGUAAAAGCCUGCAGUUGGACAUCAUCCCUGCCAGUAUCCCCGGGUCAGAGGUGAAGCUUCGGGAUGCUGCCCACGAGCUUAAUGAAGAGAAACGGAAGUCUGCCCGCAGGAAAGAGUUUAUCAUGGCUGAACUAAUUCAAACGGAAAAGGCUUAUGUCAGAGACCUCCGUGAGUGUAUGGAUACCUACCUGUGGGAAAUGACCAGUGGCGUGGAGGAGAUCCCGCCAGGCAUUGUCAACAAAGAGCUCAUCAUCUUUGGGAACAUGCAGGAGAUCUACGAGUUCCACAACAACAUCUUCCUGAAGGAGCUGGAGAAGUACGAGCAGCUCCCAGAGGACGUGGGACACUGCUUUGUCACCUGGGCAGACAAGUUUCAGAUGUAUGUCACAUACUGCAAAAAUAAACCUGAUUCUACACAGCUGAUACUAGAGCACGCAGGGUCCUACUUUGACGAGAUCCAGCAGCGGCAUGGCUUAGCCAAUUCCAUCUCUUCCUACCUGAUCAAACCAGUUCAGCGGAUAACAAAGUAUCAGCUCCUUUUAAAGGAGCUGCUCACAUGCUGUGAGGAAGGAAAGGGAGAGAUCAAAGAUGGCCUGGAGGUGAUGCUCAGCGUACCCAAGCGAGCCAAUGAUGCCAUGCACCUCAGCAUGCUGGAAGGGUUUGACGAAAACAUUGAGUCUCAGGGAGAGCUCAUCCUGCAGGAGUCCUUCCAAGUGUGGGACCCGAAAACCUUAAUUCGGAAGGGUCGAGAACGGCAUCUCUUCCUUUUUGAAAUGUCCUUGGUGUUUAGUAAAGAAGUGAAAGACUCCAGCGGGAGAAGCAAGUACCUCUACAAAAGCAAGCUGUUUACCUCAGAGUUGGGUGUCACAGAACACGUUGAAGGAGAUCCUUGCAAAUUUGCACUGUGGGUGGGGAGGACGCCAACUUCAGAUAAUAAAAUUGUCCUUAAGGCAUCCAGUAUCGAGAACAAGCAGGACUGGAUCAAGCACAUCCGUGAGGUGAUCCAGGAGAGGACGGUGCACCUGAGAGGAGCCCUGAAGGAGCCCAUUCACAUCCCCAAAACAGCUCCAGCAGCAAGGCAGAAGGGGAGGAGGGACGGAGAAGACCUGGACAGCCAAGGGGAUGGCAGCAGCCAGCCCGACACCAUUUCCAUCGCCUCCCGGACAUCUCAGAACACACUGGACAGUGAUAAGCUUUCUGGUGGCUGCGAGCUGACGGUCGUGAUUCAUGACUUCACAGCCUGCAACAGCAAUGAGCUGACCAUCCGGCGUGGCCAGACAGUGGAGGUCCUGGAACGGCCUCACGACAAGCCCGACUGGUGUCUGGUGCGCACCACGGACAGGUCCCCUGCAGCAGAAGGCCUUGUGCCCUGUGGCUCACUGUGCAUUGCCCAUUCCCGAAGUAGCAUGGAGAUGGAGGGCAUCUUCAACCACAAAGACUCACUGUCGGUCUCCAGUAAUGAUGCCAGCCCACCAGCCUCUGUGGCUUCCCUUCAGCCCCACAUGAUCGGAGCACAGAGUUCACCAGGUCCCAAGCGGCCCGGCAACACCCUGCGCAAGUGGCUCACGAGCCCCGUGCGGCGGCUCAGCAGCGGUAAGGCCGAUGGGCAUGCAAAGAAGCUGGCCCACAAGCACAAGAAGAGCCGGGAGGUCCGGAAGAGCGCGGAUGCUGGAUCGCAGAAAGAUUCGGAUGACAGUGCUGCCACCCCGCAGGAUGAGACCAUCGAAGAGAGAGGACGGAACGAGGGUCUCAGCAGUGGUACACUGUCCAAGUCCUCGUCCUCGGGCAUGCAGAGCUGCGGAGAAGAAGAAGGCGAGGAGGGCGCCGACGCUGUACCACUGCCUCCACCCAUGGCCAUUCAGCAGCACAGCCUCCUUCAGCCGGACUCGCAGGAUGACAAGGCCUCUUCAAGGUUAUUGGUCCGCCCCACCAGCUCUGAGACGCCCAGCGCAGCUGAGCUUGUCAGUGCGAUUGAAGAACUCGUGAAAAGCAAAAUGGCGCUGGAGGAUCGUCCCAGCUCGCUGCUCGUCGACCAGGGAGACAGUAGCAGCCCAUCCUUCAAUCCCUCAGACAAUUCCCUCCUCUCAUCCUCCUCACCCAUUGAUGAGAUGGAAGAAAGAAAAUGCAGCUCUCUGAAGAGAAGGCACUAUGUUUUGCAAGAGUUAGUGGAGACAGAGCGAGACUAUGUGCGGGACCUUGGCUGUGUGGUUGAGGGCUACAUGGCACUUAUGAAGGAAGACGGCGUUCCUGAUGACAUGAAGGGAAAAGACAAGAUCGUGUUUGGCAACAUCCAUCAGAUUUAUGACUGGCACAGAGACUUUUUUUUAGGAGAGUUGGAGAAGUGCCUUGAAGAUCCAGAAAAGCUCGGAUCCCUUUUUGUAAAGCAUGAGAGACGGUUGCACAUGUACAUAGUUUAUUGUCAAAAUAAGCCAAAGUCUGAGCACAUUGUGUCCGAGUACAUCGACACCUUUUUUGAGGACUUAAAGCAGCGCCUGGGCCACAGACUGCAGCUCACUGAUCUGUUGAUCAAACCGGUGCAGAGAAUCAUGAAGUACCAGCUGCUCCUGAAGGACUUCCUCAAGUACUCAAAAAAAGCUAGCCUGGACACGUCCGAAUUAGAGAAAGCUGUAGAAGUCAUGUGCAUCGUGCCGAAGCGCUGUAAUGACAUGAUGAAUGUCGGCCGGCUGCAGGGAUUUGACGGUAAAAUUGUUGCCCAGGGUAAACUGCUCUUACAGGACACAUUCCUGGUCACAGAUCAAGAUGCAGGACUUCUGCCUCGAUGCAAAGAGAGGCGGGUUUUCCUCUUUGAACAGAUCGUCAUAUUCAGCGAACCACUUGAUAAAAAAAAGGGCUUUUCCAUGCCAGGAUUUCUGUUCAAGAACAGUAUCAAGGUGAGUUGCCUCUGCCUGGAGGAAAAUGUGGAGAGCGAUCCCUGUAAGUUCGCCCUGACGUCCAGGACGGGCGAUGCCGUGGAGACUUUCGUUUUGCAUUCAUCCAGUCCAAGCGUCCGGCAAACAUGGAUCCAUGAGAUCAACCAAAUCUUAGAAAACCAGCGCAACUUUUUAAACGCCUUGACAUCACCCAUCGAGUACCAGAGGAACCAUAGUGGGGGCGGCGGCAGUGGCAGCGGGGGCAGCAGCGGCGGGGGCGGGGGCAGCGGCGGCAGCGGGGCCUCCAGCGGAGGCAGCAGCAGCCAUGGCAGUGGCCCCAGCAGCUGUAGCAGUGGCCCCAGCUCGAGCAGGAGCAGGCCCUCCAGGAUCCCACAGCCUGUCAGACACCACCCCCCCAUGCUGGUCUCCUCUGCAGCCUCAAGCCAGGCAGAGGCAGACAAGAUGUCAGGUAUGUCUGCUCCCAGCCCCUCACUGCCUACCCCCAGCAGCAGCCUGGCCCUUGAGGCCAGCCUUGGCCAGCCCAGCAGGCUCCCCCUGAGUGGAGACUCCGAAGGUCAUGAGCGAGAAACAGAACCCAUUCCCAAGAUGAAGGUGAUGGAGAGCCCCCGGAAGGCCCCAGGGAGUACUUCCGGUACAAGCCAAGACGGAAACACCAAGGAUGCCCGGGGGAACCUGGGCUCACUGCCUCUGGGCAAGACUAGGCCUGGGGCCGUUUCACCGCUGAACUCUCCUCUCUCCACUACGUUCCCUUCUCCUUUUGGCAAGGAGGCCUUUCCUCCCAGCAGCCCCCUGCAGAAGGGGGGCUCCUUCUGGAGCUCCAUUCCUGCUUCCCCUGCCAGCCGGCCAAGCUCCUUCACCUUCCCGGGGGACAGUGACUCCCUCCAGCGACAGUCGCACCGCCAUGCAGCCCCCAGCAAGGACACAGACCGCAUGAGCACGUGCUCCUCGGCCAGCGAGCAGUCCGUGCAGUCCACUCAGAGCAACGGGAGUGAAGGCAGCAGCAGUAGCAACAUCUCCACCAUGCUGGUGACACACGAGUACACGGCAGUGAAGGAGGAUGAGAUAAACGUCUAUCAAGGAGAGGUCGUUCAAAUUCUGGCCAGCAACCAGCAGAACAUGUUUCUGGUGUUCCGAGCCGCCACUGACCAGUGCCCCGCAGCCGAGGGCUGGAUUCCGGGCUUCGUCUUGGGCCAUACGAGUGCAGUUAUCAUGGAGAACCCCGAUGGGACUCUCAAGAAAUCAACAUCUUGGCACACAGCACUCCGUUUAAGGAAGAAGUCUGAGAAGAAAGAUAAAGACGGCAAAAGGGAUGGCAAGUUGGAGAAUGGGUACAGGAAGCCACGAGAAGGGCUCAGUAACAAGGUAUCUGUGAAGCUUCUUAACCCCAACUACAUUUAUGACGUUCCCCCAGAAUUUGUUAUCCCAUUGAGUGAGGUCACGUGCGAGACAGGGGAGACCGUUGUUUUUAGAUGUCGUGUCUGUGGCCGCCCCAAGGCCUCAAUCACCUGGAAGGGCCCGGAACACAACACUUUGAACAACGAUGACCACUACAGCAUCUCCUACAGUGACGUUGGGGAGGCCACUCUGAAGAUCAUCGGUGUGAGCACAGAAGAUGAUGGUAUCUACACCUGCAUCGCUGUGAAUGACAUGGGUUCAGCCUCGUCUUCUGCCAGUCUGAGGGUUCUAGGUCCAGGGAGUGAUGGGAUCGUGGUGACUUGGAAGGACAACUUCGACGCCUUCUACAGUGAAGUGGCUGAGCUUGGCAGGGGCAGGUUUGCUGUAGUUAAGAAAUGUGACCAGAAGGGAACCAAACGAGCAGUGGCCACAAAGUUUGUGAACAAGAAGUUGAUGAAGCGUGACCAGGUCACUCAUGAGCUCAGCAUCCUGCAGAACCUGCAGCACCCCCUCCUCGUGAGCCUUCUUGACACCUUCGAGACCCCCACCAGUUACAUCCUGGUUCUGGAAAUGGCUGACCAAGGUCGCCUCCUCGACUGUGUGGUCCGGUGGGGAAGCCUCACCGAAGGGAAGGUCAGAGCGCACCUGGGGGAAGUUCUGGAAGCCGUCCGAUACCUUCACAACUGCAGGAUAGCACACCUGGACCUAAAGCCUGAGAAUAUCUUGGUGGAUCAGAGUUUGGCCAAGCCAACCAUUAAACUGGCUGACUUUGGAGAUGCUGUCCAGCUCAACACCACCUACUACAUCCACCAGUUGCUGGGGAACCCCGAGUUUGCAGCCCCGGAAAUCAUUCUUGGGAACCCUGUCUCCCUGACCGCGGACACAUGGAGUGUUGGGGUGCUCACCUACGUGCUGCUCAGCGGCGUGUCCCCCUUCCUGGAUGACAGCGUGGAAGAGACCUGCCUGAAUAUUUGCCGGCUGGACUUUAGCUUCCCAGAGGACUACUUUCAAGGAGUUAGCCAGAAGGCCAAAGAAUUUGUGUGCUUCCUCCUACAGGAGGACCCCGCCAAGCGUCCCUCGGCUGCACUGGCCCUGCAGGAACAGUGGCUGCAGGCAGGCAACGGCAGCAGCAAAGGCACGGGCGUCCUGGACACGUCCAGACUGACCUCCUUCAUUGAGCGGCGCAAACACCAGAAUGAUGUUCGACCUAUCCGUAGCAUUAAAAACUUCUUACAAAGCAGGCUUCUGCCGAGAGUCUGACCUAUCUUGAAGUUCUUUCUCAUUCUCUUUCACCUGCCAAUCAGCUGUUAAUUUGAAUUUUUGAAGAGGAAACCAAACCAAAACUAAGUGGCCGGCCGCCGGCUGUUCAUCGUGUGAAAUGGCAUUCCAAGUGAGCUGUGCUCAACAGCGCUUGGGCUCAGAGCUGCAAGGUGCGCUGGGGUGGAGGACCUUCAGUUACACUCUGCACGGGCAGAGACCGCAUUGCUGGAUCACAGUAUUUUAUUCAGGUUCCUGCAAAAAUAAUAAUAAUAAUAAAAAGAGAUACUUUUUUUAAAUGAACAUGGAUAGAAUUUUGCAAAUUUAACAUUUUCAAGAUUUAUUCAAAAAAACAUGCCUAUGUUCAAACCACUGGUGUUACACAGAACUGAGAAACUGUGCAUUUCUGGGAGAGACUCGCCAGGUGGCAGCUACUCCUGUGGGCUCAGCCAGUGCUUGGUGUCCACCUGGCACGGAGCUUUUCCAGCUGCCUCGUCUGGGUACAUCUGCCGGUCACCAGACUUGGCUUCUGAGAUGUGUGUUCAACCUCAAUCUUUUGCAUAAAAUAUAAUGAAUGGUUUUGCUCUGAUGAAAUGUAGGCCUUACUUGUACAUAAGACUCUUCCUGCCUUUUGUCUGGCAAUCCCCCACCCCUUUCCCUCCUACCCACCGCCUGGGCCUUCCUCUCGGGGGGUCUGAUGGGGUCUGUCCAUCCAAUGGAGACUUGAGGCUGGGUCCAGCCCCACUGCCCCCUCCCCAGCCCCACCACCCCAAACCGUCAAUCAGAUUGUUGAACGGUAUACAGUCAGAUGAAAAUACUGUAAAUGCACUCAUUGGGGUUUUUGGGUUUUUUUUUUUUUUUUGGUUUUUUUGUUUGUUUUUGGUUUUGUUUUUAUUUUAUACCAUGUGCAAUGUUGUGGCUUUAACAUUUUCUGCAACUAUUUAUGAAGACUUCUGUUAUACGUGUAAUAAAUAUAUAGAAAAAGCACAUACUUCGCAAGUGAGCUUUAUGGUUCUGUGUGUGUUGGGGGUGGGUCGUAGCCCUGUGCCAUCCGUCAAGGACACUUAACUCUUCGUGAAAUUUGUCAGUUUUGAGGACUGUAAAAAGUGAUUUCAUACUCUGAAUAUAAAACUGGAUAAUAGGGUAAUGUUUUAAAUUUUAUUAUGCUAUUAUUCAGAAUGCCAAAGUAUUAUUUUUUUCCCAGAAUCAGUCUGAACAUUUACUACUUUUUAGACUUUUUGACAUUCAACUUUCUGUAUAAAAAUUGGCGGAUUUUAAGCUUUUGGUAAGAAAAGCCAAGUAAGUGCUGGCCACCCUGAGGCUGGUGUGCAGUGCCCGAGUCACAGUGGCGGAGCUGGCGCUGGGGUGGGAAGUCCUUCAACACAAGAAGUUGGAUUUCUGGCAAGCUUGGAUUUUUCUGGAUGUCUUUUUAUCUUUAUUGUGUGAAAUACACUUUAAAAAGAGACCAGCUUGCUUCCCAAGCCAGACAGACAUCUGGGUCGUGAGCCAUAAACUGGCAUAAUUAAGCUUUGCAGUUUCCGGUGUAUUUUAUUUAUUCUGUUGGGUUUUUUUUUGUGUGUUUGUUUCUUGUAAAAUUGUACAGAAACUUUUUAAGAGAAAUUGGAUUCAAAAACUGGAUGUGUAUCUGUAACCUCAUAACUUUUAUUUGUGUACUGUUUUCUUUGAUUAUUUCAGUUAAAACUUUUACAUUAUUUUUUUGCAUGUAUAUUUCUUUGUACAGAAACCGUACAUGUUUACACAGUAUGAUGUGAUGUAAAUAUUUUAUUUUGCCAUCAGUUAUUUUAAAAAAUUAAACAUAUUUGCCUGA